UAACGUUCCAUCCCCGGCGUUCUUCUGCUCUUGUGAACUCGAGAAGCGAGGCGUGAAUUGUGGAAGAAUCUUAACCGUAUAUUUCUCUCGUGAGAGACUGCAUCGCGAAAGCCCACGCCUGCACCGCUAUAUUAGGCACGCGUUUAGAAACCUUCAGUCAAGAGGUCACUGGAAACCAGAAAAAAAGAACUAAGGCACAGCACACACCUAUAGAUUUAGUUCAUCCACGUGCACAUGUGUAUUUUUAAAAGGAACAUUUAAGAAACACGUGUACGACAUGUAAACAAAGCGAGUCGGAUCGACAAAAUGUAAACAAUAAACAAAACAUGACAACACAUCAUCCUUGGCGAGUGGCGCUCUCUUUCAACUCCAACACUCGACUUCCAGGAUACGGCAGGACUCAGGUGGAUCCUUCUCCUUAAACUUGAGGCUGAAUGCAGGCAUGAGACAGAGAAUCAGUGUCACGAUGAAGUCAUUAUUACACCUUGUAAUCAUACUCCCGUGUCUGGAGGGUUUUCGAUGGAAAGACCUGAAGAUCCACUCAGAGCACAUGGCAAUAUAUUUCCAAAACAAUCCUGAAAUUGCCAAAGAAUGUGAAAAAAGCUCCUCAUGUCCUUUUAAUAUGCAUCUAAACCGUAAAAUUUGCUGGGGUUAUGAGAAUGAUUGCCAAAAAGAGUAUGCGUAUAGCCAUCCCUCAUGUCCUGGUGAACACAGAGGCUGGGUUAGAACCAAGGAAGAGCAAAUAGCCACAUUCUAUAGUCAGGGGGACUUCGGGUUUAUCCAGGAGCAACGUGAAGAGUUAAAAACAUACUGUCAUCCAGAACAGGAGGGAGAUUCGGUGCUUGAAUGUAGUGACCAUAUGAGAUUUUGCCGAGGGAAAUAUAUAUCCAUAGACUUCCGUGAUCUGGCCAGUCGAAAGGAACCAGUCCUCUACAAUGUUGAUGUUUUGAAGCAUGGACAAGUUAGUGGCCAUUGCAAAUUAGAUAAAAGCUUGCAUAAAGCCAAUUCUGAUCAGAUUAGCUUCCUCCAGUCUUGGGGCCCAGAGUUGCAACACUUCACAGAACGGAAGGAGAGGGUGCAGCGCAAUGCGGAAAUGUGUGAUGUGUGGGUGGAAGACCCUGCAGUUAUUAUGAAGCUCGAUGCUACAAGUAACAUGUACCACCACUUUUGUGAUUUCUUCAACCUGUAUGCAGCCCAGCAUGUCAACAAUUCCGAUGCCUUUGCGUUCUCCCGAAACAACCAGAUUCUACUUUGGACAACCUAUACUUACCGGUCCAAUUUUGGUGCAGCUUUUGAUGCCUUUACAAAGAACAAGAUAUGGAACCUGGAGGAUGUAAAAGGAAGAAGAGUGUGUUUCAAGAAUGUUAUGUUUCCACUUCUGCCAAGGAUGAUCUUUGGUCUCUAUUACAAUACUCCAAUUAUAUGGGGUUGUGAAAACAGCGGCCUUUUCCAUGCAUUUUCUCGUCACAUUCUACAUCGAUUGGACAUUCCCGAGAGGUCCAUAGGUGAUGGCAGAAUACACGUGACAUUCCUUGUGAGGGAUACAAAAUACAGACGUAUUUUGAAUCAACCUGCCCUCAUUAGAGCACUAGAAAAGAACAAGGAAUUCUAUGUUAGGAAGGCAGAGUACAGCCAUCAGAUGGAUUUCCGUCAGCAGCUGAGGCAGGAUCAGUGGACAGACAUUUUCAUCGGAAUGCAUGGCGCAGGACUGACGCAUUUGCUCUUCCUACCUGACUGGGCUGUACUCUUUGAGAUAUACAACUGUGGUGAUGCAAACUGCUACCAGGAUUUAGCUCGUCUGCGAGGCAUUAAAUACCUGACUUGGGAAGAUCAAACAAAGCUCAAGCCUGAAGAUGAGGGACAUCACCCAGACAUAGGAGCCCACGAGAAGUUUACUAAUUAUGAAUUCAACGUUAAGGAGUUCAUGCGCCUGAUGCAGAAAGCUGUAGACCAUGUCAAGAAUCACAGAGGAUGGCAGAACUUACAGGAAAACCUAAGACUUGCUCAAAGGCGUGAGGAACUAUGAUCAUCUUAUUUAUUUAUAACAAUUUUUUUAAUAAAAUAAUCUUAAAG